AUGCUUGAAUGUGUUAAAGAAAUAGAAUCAACUUACGUUCCAGUAGAUGAAUUUCUUCAAAUAGAAUCGCAACUCAAAAACGAAUGGUCGAAAAUUGAAGCAAUUCCUGGAAUUUCAAAAUUUCAUUCAUUUCAUAAAUAUUCUGAUGAUAUGAUAAUUUGGUUUGAGCUUGUAGCCAUUUCCCCACUUGUUACUAAUAUUAAAACAGAUAUUACUACCAUAAGUUACUUUUAUUAUUAUGGCAGCGUAAUAGAUGAAAUUCUUCAAAUAGAAUCGCAACUCAAAAACGAAUGGUCGAAAAUGGAAGCAAUUCCUGGAAUUUCAAAAUUUCAUUCAUUUCAUAAAUAUUCUGAUGAUAUGAUUAUUGUUAAAGAGAAAGGAUGUGAAGACGAUGAAAUACAUUGUUUUCCAAUAUUUAAGAAAGGAAAUAAAUAA